GAGGUAACGGACCGAACAUCCUCCUCUUUGGAGGAGGAAAGAAAAACAUCAAAAAACCUGUUUGAAGAGCUGCCAUUGCUCGAAGGAAAAGAGGAAAUUGAUCAGGCGUGGAGAAUUAUCGAAGAGGUCCCCCCAAAAUGAUGAAAACUAUCACGCUCUCUGCAUGGUUGCUGCUUUCCAUUCUGUUAAUGGGAAAGUGGGCUCACAGUUUGAAGAACUUGUACAUUGGUACUUUCUACGGCGUAAACGUGUCUUCAAAAGGUUGGAGCUCCAAGGGUGUUAUGCCGGCAGUUCGGAUGGCGCUGGACCACGUGAAUAGGGACCGGUCCAUUUUGGCAGGGUACAUUUUACAGGAGGAGUGGAGAGAUUCUAAGUGUGACAGUGCUGCCGCCAUAAAAGCUAUGUUGGAUUUAGUGUCCAAGCCUCCUAAUAAGAUCAUGUUCACGGCACCAGGUUGCUCUCCAGCUGCAGAACCCAUCGCAGAAGCUGCCCCAUUUUGGGGAGCAGUGCAGGUUGGUUUCAGCAAUACCUCUCCUAAGCUCUCAGAUGACUCAAGGUUUCCACUCUACUCCCGCAUUUGUUCUUCUGAGGCCCUGAACAACUUUGCCAUUGUGAACUUACUAAAACACUUCAAGUGGAACAGAGUCGCAAUUCUCGUGCAACAGGACCACAUUUUCACAAAGACCAAAGAGAACUUGAUGGCGUUACUUACCAAAAACAACAUCUCAAUCGUUUUCAUGGAGAGUUUUGAAGAGGAACACAGGCAUCCAGUUCGUCACAUUAAGAGGAGAGAUGUCAGAAUCAUCAUUGGCCUGAUGUAUGAAGAUCAAUUCCGAAAAAUCGCAUGUCAGGCAUGCCAUGAAGGAGUAACAGGCAGGAAAUACGUUUGGAUUCUUCCAGGAUGGUACAGUGAAAAGUGGUGGGAAUCGAAGAUUGGAGACACUUCGUGUAGUGGAGACGACAUACUUUUAGCAGCAGGCAACUAUCUCGCCACCAGACCUCUACCUCUUGGGGAUUCCAAGACCCCUACGAUUUCAGGGAAGACUGCUGUUGAACUUAACGAUGAACUCUUAGAACGGAGCAGGAAGAUAAAUUACCCAGCAAAUGGAUUUUCCUCUUUUGCGUAUGACGCUAUUUGGAGCAUCGCACUAACGUUGCACCAGUCCUCCUUCGCUCUUCAAGCACGCAACAAGAGUUUAACAAACAUAACGUAUGGUGAUCGCGAGGCCGCCGAACUCUUCCGACGAAUACUUCGGAAUUUGACCUACAUCGGCAUGUCGGGCAUUGUUAAGUUUAACAGAGUGGGUGAUAGAGAAAAUACGAUCGAGAUUUUGCAACAACAAGGUGAUUCCAGGACAGUGAUCGGAUUGUGUGACAAAUCUUCCACCAUGUUGAAUGACUCUUUGUUCAUUUGGGAAGGCAAGAUUCCGGCUGACGGAGUAACCAACACAACUGAACCUUAUGAAGCACCAAGGAUACAGACCAUCAUGACUCUUGUUACAUCCUCUCUUGGCGUGCUGUUCUCUUUGGGAUGCCUGACUUUAAAUAUAUUAUACAGAAAACAUAGGAUAAUCAAGAUGUCGUCACCACAUUUUAAUAGCAUAACGGCCAUUGGCUGUCUGUUAUGCUAUAUCCACGUUUUCCUGGCAGUUUUGGGAAAUUCAUUCGUUUAUGGAAAAGGAAGCAGAUCUGUUUGCGUGGUGCGCGCUUACCUUAUUGUUGUCGGAUUUACAUUGGUGUUUGGAGGAAUGUUAUCGAAGACUUGGCGUGUGUACAAGAUAUUUACUAACAGGCGUCUCAAACGACAGAUAAGUGGUCUGAGUACGUCUCACCUAUUGCUUAAAAUACUCCAUGGUCUACUGCUGGAUAUACUGGUGCUUGUGAGCUGGGAACUAGUGGAUCCCUUACAAGCAAAAACCAUACAAAUAUCCGAUAAGAUGCACCCCGACGACGAAGACAUACACAUUCACAUAACAAUUCACCAAUGCGAUUCAACUCACUACUCCAAAUGGUUUCUUGGUAUACUGAUAUACAAGGGCAUACUGCUUCUGUUUGGCGUCUUCCUGGCCUGGGAAACGAGAAAUGUUCACUACGCUGAACUCAACGAUUCCAAGAACAUCGGGGUAGCUGUCUACAAUAUUUUACUGUUCUCGGGGCUUUCCAUCACAGCGGAGUUUGUGCUGAGUAAUUAUAAUGCCAAGAGGAUCUUCAACAAUUCCUUGAUACACCUGUGUACCACCAUGGUGCUUGGUUUAGUGUUUCUCCCAAAGAUCACAAACCUUGCACGAGAGUCACAAGUGCACCCAGAAGAAAUCCAAAUUCAGGAUGGAAGGGAACAUAAUUCGUUAGGAAAGAAAAAUUUCAAUUCGACCAGUUUUGGAGUUUCGGAAAUCGCGCAGACGGUUCAUUAGUGUGAUGGAAAUUCCGUGAUUAACCGUGAACAUAAUUUUAUACCUCAGCUCCCAGUUGAACCGUUGCAGUGAAAAGAACCACGACAUCAGAAUUUGAAUCGUUUUCUAGAAUGUGCAAAAUGACGAAAAACAGGUUCUAAACCAUAAACUCUUGGGCUGUCAGAAAAAAAAGCAGUAGAACAUGAGAGAUAAAAACAACGGAAAGAGGAUGGCAAAAGAUGGAGCAGUAA